AUGUCUGAUCAAACAGAACCUGCAAUGUCUGCAGAACUAAAAGCCUGGCUUCAAGCUGCAAUUGCAGACUCUAUUCCCAAGGCUCUAGCAGCGUUUCGUGAUCAGACAGCCACUACUGCCACCAUCUCACCAUUAUCUGACUCUGAUGAUUCUAGAGUCUCUGAUCAUGACGAAGCCCCACGUAAGCGCCCAUGGAAGGGUGACAGUGCUUCUGCUGGCAAAGGCAAAGCCCCAGCGAAGACGGCUAAAUUGUCUAAGACCAAACCUACUUUGGCUACAGAAGCUGACCCCUUAAAGGGCUCAACCUCUGACUAUCACCUUCGAGUGAUGGACGAUUACGAUGCUUAUUCAGAUGAGGAUCCUCCACGUGAUCCUUCCUCUUCUGAAUUUGUUACGGAAACCUUCCUCCUACCCCAAGAUCAGUCCUUUCAGGACGCUGA